GGAGGCGCGGCUUUUGUCUUACCUGUUCCUUUUACCUGGCGAAGUCACUGGAGGGUUCUCGUGCGUGCCGUCUGCAGAGUGGUAGCGUCCUGAUGGCAGUGCGAGUCCUUCCAGCCCUUUGAACUGGAGUCCUGACGGUCUUGGGAAGUCCUGCAAAGGGUUCUUUGUUUCUGCGUAGGACAUCUCUAGCUGGACAGCUCGAGACUGCGGGCCGAGCACCAGCCUUCUGUUGCUGCUGCUGCUGCAAGCGGUAGUGAGACUGCUGCAAGAAUCCUCUUGUCCUAGACGCAACGACAUCUUUUUUCUGUCUCCCGCGUCAUCGCAACGAUCUCCAGGGCAGUCCGCGGCUGCGCUGCCAGGGUCAAUGAGAGGUCAAUGAAGAAUGUGAAACACGAUACACCCCGACGCGUCUUCGGGGACACGGGCGCCUCGCCUCAAACGGGGACGCCUCACUCACCCUCGCCCCUCAAUCACCACGCCUCCUUUAGUCUAGCCAUGAACGCGAGUGUGGGCGCGGCGCCCACGUGGCCUGCCGGUGUGACGGGCUGGAACGACUCCAUGGAUCACACACUGCACGACUUCCAGCUGGACGGUGCAGAGGUAUCGUGGGACAACGCCAGUGAUGGCGGCGGCAGCGCGACGAACGAGUCCGAGUACGAUUACGACUACGAGACGGCGCUGGACACGUUCUUCUGGAGCCAGCUGGCGCCGCCUCUGGCCGUGUACGCCGCCACCUACGUGGUGGGCGUGGCGGGCAACGGACUCAUCAUCUUCACCAUCUGCCGCUUCCGCCGCCUCAAGACGACCACCAACGUGUUCCUCGCCUCGCUCGCCUCCGCCGACCUGCUGCUCAUCCUGCUCUGCAUCCCCGUCAAGCUGGCGCGUCUCUUCUCCUACUCGUGGACGCUCGGAGCAGUCAUGUGUAAGACUCUGUACUUUCUGCAGGCGCUGUCGGCGAUCUGCUCCGUACUCACGCUGACCACGAUGAGUAUUGAAAGGUACUACGCCAUCGUGCACCCCAUGAGGGCACAGUACCGCUGCACCAUCUCCCAGGCUAAGAGACUGUGUGGGGGUCUGUGGCUCCUCUCCCUUGUCCUCGCCUCCCCAGUCACUGUCAUGCAGGUGCACAUGGAGGUGGGCCAGCGUGUGCGCGCAUUCUGGUGCGUGCGUGACUGGGACUCGCCGCGGCUGUGGCGAGGCUACGAGACGUACAUGAUGGCGGUGGUGCUGGUGGUGCCCGCCUCGGUGAUGGCCGCGGCGUACACGGCCAUCGGCGGCGCCAUCGUCACCAUGGUAGCGCGACGCCGCACCAUCACCAGCAAGGGACAGAUUGCUGACGGAGGGUCUCUUCUGAAUGACAACACACGGAGGCGACGACGUGACGCCCAGGAUUCAGAGGUGCUUCAGGUGGUGUCGAUGCUGGUGGUGGUAGUGCUGCUGUUCAUCCUGUGCUGGUCCCCCGUACUGGUGGUCAACGUGCUCAAGGCGUACUCGGUGCUUCCCCUGUACUCCCCAACACUAAAGCACAUCGCCACGGUAGCUGAUCUCCUCUCCUACUGCAACAGCUGCGUCAACCCCUUCGUGUACGGCUUCAUGUCCAAGAACUUCCGUAAGAGCUUCAAACAGGUGCUGUGUUGUCGCCGUACCCCGCCCCGCCCCCCCACACACCUGUCCCUCACCCGCACAUCCAUCAUGAGGCACCACAGCGAUACCAGCCGGGUGUGGAGCAGCAGAAGUGUGAUAGCGCGAGUCACCUUUCCUCUCAGCUCCAGCAAUGGUCGCAGCAUGCCCACGGAGUCCUCCAUCGUGUACAAGACAACACCCUCAUAGUCCUUUAGAAGACCCUAACUCAGACCUUCUCUAUAGACCCUCCUCCUAAACCCUCACCAAACCCAGAGCAAGCCAAGUGCGUGUCUCGAGCCUCGCCGUGAUUUUAGAAAGUCUUCAUUUGCUGCAGUGAAGAGGAUGAAGAUAACUGGUGUAUUGCGAGGCUAGUAUCCGUGGCAGUUCAGGGACUUCUAUUUAGUGAGAGUUUGGACAUGUUGAAGGAUCGAGUGUUGGUUUAUAGUACAAUGAAAUGUUAGAUAGUGGAGUGAAAGAAGGCACGGUUGGUAGAAAAUUAACUGGAGAGAUAAGUUUGGUUUGGAUUGCCUGGAAUGGAUCGGCAGGUAACGGAGACACUUGAGUAAUAUGGUGGUCCUAGCUCGUUCAGUUCAUAGCAAUUGAUGAUUAUGAUGCAGUUCAGUGGAAAAAAAAACAGAACAUUGACAAUAACGUAGGUAACAAUGAAAAAAAAAAAAAAACAGUUCGAUAUCUACGUCAUUCUUGAUUGGGUGUUUGACAGCUAAGUGACUCCUGUCUUGUGCGGUGAAGAAAACGGAACAGCAGUGACAAUAACGUGAACAGUAAGGCUUUUCAUCGCCUGUAAUAACUUGUCGUCUGAGUCUUCUUGUCAUUUUGUGAGAGUGAAUGUUUCGAAAUGUGUAGUAGUGAAGAGAAUAAAUAGCAAUGAAUGUAAUGAUUUAUGUACAUAUCCAAAUAAAGAUCGUGUCAUUGUUUGUAAAGAACUGAAUGACUUAAUUCAGUUAGUGUGAAUUUAUGAAAUCCAUUGAGAUAAAGAACAAAACCAGGAAUAUGAACUGACAACAGGACGAAUAGCAAGAGAACUGUGUAUCAUCUAUAAGUACGAAGCGAGUGAAGGACACUGGUGUCAUAUGAACAUCAAGCUCACCCAAGCAAGACUCUUUAUCUCGGAAUAUUAAGCAGCUUAGUGAAAGACUGUAUUGUGUAGAAUGUCUGAGUUCUAAUGGGGUGAGAAUGGAAAGAAAAGGGUGGACUAAAGUAAUCUUUUUUUUUUUUUUUUAUGUCCCGUCGAGGACUUAGGUGGGUUAUCAUUAUAUGCUAGUCAUCGUCUAUACUUAGAAAAAAAAAUAGUCGGGUUUAACAUAGUUUUAACCCAAAAACUGUGUUCUGAAUCAAAAAGGAUCGCUUAUAAUAUGUGUUGUGUUGCUUAUGUAUUGCCCCGAGAAAUGUUUUCCUUUGUUAAAAGCGAAGGAGGCGCUUAUCUAUAUUUUUCCUCCGUUUUCUUCUGGUUCUCGUCAUUUCCUCGUGCCGUAAGGUCUGUACUGACAACCACCGUGAGUGUUCCUUCCUUCCGCAGGAGCUGAGUUGGAAAUGUGUAUAAAAGGAAAAAGUAUA